AUGGCCGAUGCCACUCUGCGAUUUCUUUUGGCGUUCUCUAAAACCCCACCAGUAAGCAGCUGGGCGUCCGACAUCGUAUCACAGAGCAUGCUGGUGACAACCGCGGUGGGGAGAUCGUUGUGUCGCAAGGCCCUGCUCGUCACGAUCUGUCCAGCAGCUUGGAAAGAGAGAAGAGAUAUUGGCGCAAGGUCUUUCCAAUUGAUAUCUCUUGACAUGGUCAGGAUCCAUACGCCCGCCGCGCGAUCAUCCCUUCUGCUAUCGGAGACAUGGCUGGAGACGACCUUUGUAGUGACCAGAAUGGCAACUGCUAAUGUGACAGCAGCUUGGAAGAGGAAAGAUGUGACCAGGGUACCCCUCCGGGUGGAGCCGAGCUUUCUGUGGAAAGUGCUGAAGCAAAAUGCACCGAGCAUAAAGCAAAUAAUUGACAGCAAGGACUUCGUCCAAGCGAAAGCUGGAGAAGACACAGGUUGA